UAGCUCAUGAUCACCAACUUAAGGCAAAUUUGAAAGCCAUUGUACCCUUCAUUAGUAGGUUUAAUUCCUUCAACCUAAUAAAUUUUUGAUCAUCAUACACACCAAAUUGAAAACUUUGAAAAUAAAAUGGAAAGCAAACAUGCAUAUAAACGGUCUUAUGAGGAUUUUGAUCCUAUGUUUAAGUGGCGUAGAGAACAAGAUCGUGACACGGUUGAACUUCAUCUUCCAGGUUUUAAGAGAGAGCAAAUGAGAAUUCAAGUGAACCAUCUUGGUUUUUUGGUGAUAAGUGGAGAACGUCCACAUGAUGGAACAAGAUGGAAACGUUUCAAGAAAGAGUUUGAGAUUCCAAAAUAUUGCAAUGAAGAUGCUAUUCGUGGCAAUUUCAUGCAAAAUAUUCUUUCUGUUGUAAUGCCAAAGAAAGUUGAUCUCAUACCUCAAGAGGAGGUAGAAGAAGAAAUGCCGGAACUUGAAGACGAUGAUGAAUAUCAAGAGAAACAUACAUAUAAGAGUUUGAACUUUGGAGGAAGAAGAGAAGAAGAAGAGAGUGAAAAGAGAGAUAAAGAGAGACUAUAUGAAUAUGGUGGCACAAGAGAAAAUCAAUUUGGAGAAAAUGAUGUAGAAACUACCAGAGAUCUUGCUUUUAAAUUCAUGGUUGUGAUUAUUGUUGUAAUGGUCAUUGUAAAUUAUCUAGUGGAUAUGAGCAAAAGCCUCAUGGGUGAAGCUCAAUCCUAUUUUCAAGAUUAGAUGAAGUUUAAUGUUGUGAAAAAUGGAUAAAAUGAAUAAAAUUAUCACAAACAAGCUCUAAA